AUGACUAUCCCUCAUACAAUCGCCCACAUUUUCGAGAGCAUCUACGAGUGGUGCCCCUCCGUGCUCCUAGUGCUGCCGCCGCCGCCGCCGCAGCCGCCACCGCGCGGCCGUAGCGAGGCCACAAGGCAUCGGCCUCCCGCGGUGAUGGCGGCGGCGGCGGCGGCGGCGGCGGCGGCCGUGGUGGCAACGGCGAUGGCGGUUGCGGAGUGGGGGCGCUCGUUGAACCCAAGGAGCCCUUUAACGAUGGGCGCCUGGACGCGCGUGGAGAGGGGGCAGCAGAGGAACGGUCUGAAUACUGAUAGCAAUCACUUUGCUCGAGCAGCUGAAUUCGACGGAAUCAGCAAGUUUACUGUUAAUAAAAAUAUUCUGUUUCCUGAAAUUGCAGAAUGAUAUGCAUCCAAGAAAAAUUCUAUUUCGAAACCCUUCGGCAAAAACAUUGAUAAAACUAAAGAUUUAGGUCAUACAACAGUUAUGGUACAGGACAGGUUAGACAUUCAAGAGGUGCCCACUAUAGUAAGAAAAGUGAAAACAGUGGAUGUUGUAGGGCACAGUAUUCAAGAUAAAGAUAUACAUUUAACUGUUGCAACCAAAGAGAGCCAAGGAGAACUGGCUGAAGAACAAACAUUACUGGAUGGCUUGCAGAGAUGCCAUGACUUAAAAGAAUUAUAUGGCAUGAUAAAUGUGUUACAUGAUGGUGAACUGUCGUCUAGUAUUGUGCUUCAUGCCCUAGAAAGAAUUAUUGAACUAGAAAAUAAUGUUACCUUUCGCAAUAUGCUACGAAGUACUGGUAGUAGUUUGAGUGUAAAGCGUACAAAUACCCUUGAUAGAUUGAUGAAUUUUGUAGUUUGUAAUGUACAGAGUUCUGUUAUAUUGAAUAGUUUGAACAUUGUGAGCCGGGACACAAUAGGAGCCCGUGAUGCAUCAUACAAGAAGAAAUUAAUUAAUGAAGUGUUGAUUAGAGCUAAUGACAGAAAAUUCACUGUACAUCAGAUGUGUGAAAUAGUAAAUAUGUUGUCUACUAUGAAGUGUGAAAGUAAGCAAGAGGUCAUUGAUGAACUUUGGAGUGGGCUAAUUGAUAGAGGGCGAGAGAUUAAUGAAAACAACAUAGGUGAGGUUUUUCAAACACUUCCUCACUUGAAACAAAGUCGGAAAAUGAUAUUCAACAUGUUGACCCGGAAAUGUGAUGAUUUAUGGUGGCGAUUACAUCCAAGCAGUGUAAUAGAAAUACUUACAUCCCUCCAACAGAUUCAGAUAAAUUCAGUUCCAACUUUGAGACUCAUGGCCCGAAAUACUAGUACUAAUAUAAAUACACUUUCAGAAGAUGAUGUACUUCAAAUUGUUACCUGUUUUUCUGCAUGUGAUUAUGUGGAUGAUUAUAUUGAAGGAUUUUUGGAAAAAUAUUUGAAAACUAAAGGGCCAAAAGUGAAAAGCACCUUGCUUCUGAGUGCUGUUAUGGAAUAUUGUGUUAAAUAUCGCCUUCGAUUUCCUGCUGUGCUAGAUGUUUUUGCAGAUUAUAUAAUAUCCAAUGCUUCAAAUCUUUCUCCUGUCCAUUUUAAAUCAUUUUUGAUGCCAUUGGGAUAUUUUAGUCAUACACCUUCAAAUAGGAUGAAGUUUUGGCAAACUGUUGAAAACUUUAUGAUGGAAAAAUUUAUUCAGUUUAGACCUGAAGAUAUUGUGGAUGUUGUACUUUCUUGUGUAUAUUUAGAAAAAUUUCCAGUGAACCUCACCAAGAAGAUUUUAAAUCCUUAUUUUCUUGAUAGAAUGCACACCUGCAGAAGUGGAAUUGAGCUUCAACAGCUGCGGACUAAGCUUAAGAUUUUUGAUGCUGCCAUGACUUUAGAGUGCCCUCAGUAUCAAGGACCUUUAUUACCUCGUGACUAUGCUGUAAAGACACUUCCUCAAGAUGGCCGUUUGAAACGAAUUGUGAAACAAGUGUAUGAUGUUAUAGCAGAUCUUGUGGAGUCCUGUCACCGAGUGAGCACUGGAGUUCUGUUGCCGCAACUGCCUGCUGCUGAUCUUUAUCUUGUGGAUAUCCUACUUCAUCCUGAAGGAAUGGAGACCUCACUGCACACUUUUGAUUUUUCAAAAGAUCGUGAUUUCCGAGUGAGGAAAACCAGUAUGGAAUUGGAGGUAAUUCGUUACACCAACAAAAUUGCUUCCGAAGCGCAUAUUCAAGUAAUGAGAAAGAUAAAACCUGGUAUGAAAGAAUACCAGGCUGAAGCUAUAUUUCUGCAGUAUUGUUAUUAUGUUGGAGGCUGCCGGCAUGUGUCGUACACUUGUAUUUGUGGAAGUGGAGCGAAUGGGGCUAUUCUGCAUUAUGGACAUGCUGCUGCCCCAAACGACAAAACUAUCUAUGAUGGAGAUAUGUGUCUUUUUGAUAUGGGCUGUUCAUAUUGUGGUUAUACAUCUGAUAUAAGUUGCUCUUUUCCUGCUAAUGGAAAAUUUACUGAUGAUCAAAAGGCAAUAUACAAUGCAGUAUUGAAAGCUAAUCGUGGUGUAAUUGCUGCAAUGGCACCUGGAGUAUCAUGGGUGGACAUGCACAUUCUUUCAAAUCGUCUUCUUCUGCAAGAAUUGACUACAUUUGGUCUUCUUCGGGGGAAUGUGGACGACAUGCUUAUGGCAAACCUUGGUGCAGUGUUUCAACCCCAUGGGAUAGGCCAUUUUAUGGGCCUGGAUGUACAUGAUGUAGGAGGUUAUUUGCCUGGCCAGCCACAGCGUCCUCUUCAAGCCGGUUUGAACAAGUUGCGCACAUCACGGUUUCUUGAGGCUGGAAUGGUUAUUACUGUAGAACCAGGAUGUUAUUUCAUAGAUGCGUUGUUGGAAGCAGCCAAACAGAAUCAAAAACAUAACCAGUUUUUUGUGAAUGAUGUCCUUAUGCGUUUCAAAAACUUCGGAGGUGUGCGAAUAGAAGAUGAUGUGGUAGUCACAGAAACAGGAGCAGAAGUUCUUACAAAAGUGCCUCGCAACAUUGAAGAAAUUGAAGCAGUCAUAAAAGCUGGAAAUGCAAAGAUGGAUGACGUCUGUGCCUGUGAUGCUGAUUGACACGUGGUUACUAUAGAUGGGUCACGUUGAAAAUUAAAAGUUGCAGUAUUUUCUCAUCUUUAUUACAUUUUGUUAUGGGUGUAUUCAAUUUUUUAUGAUGUUUAAUGUAUUUAAUAUAUGAAAUAGUUUGU